AUGUUGCAGUUCGCAUCAAAGCAUAUCUAAAUAGUCAAGACAAAGAGGAAAGCUGUAUAUCAUCGUUCACUGAUGUACUUAUAAUUUAAUAUACAUUUUACUUAGAAGUAAAUAAUUAUAUCGAAAUCUAAUCUGUAUGAGUAAUAGUAUGAAUUCAAUCAGAUUUUUGAUCCACAAUGUGAUUAAGAAUAGAUUUACUUGUGUGUUGUAAAUCCGAUAGUCACAGAUGCCUUAAAUGGGAUAAGUUCAAACUUGAUUAUAUAUGGUUCAUAAGGAAGCGGCAAAACAUAUUCGCUGUUUGGUACGAUAGGAUCCUUGUUUACACUGAAAUAAGGGUUGGUUAGCAUAGAGAGUGGGAUUGCUAUAAGGAUGAUUCAUGUAAAUAUGUGA